CAAAACUUUUGGUCGGACAGAGGCCUAAACGGACCGAAACCGUGGAUAUGGUUUGGAAAUACAUUCGUACAGUUGUUUCGUCCGAUUUCGGUCAUCGAUAUAGAGAGACGUGAAAAAUAUGGACCGACUUAUGGUUUGUUUGAAUCAAAUUAUGAACCAAUUUUAAUGACAUCGGAUGCCCGACUAAUCCGAAAUAUUUUGAUAAAAGAUUUCCGUAAAUUUCGCAAUAUUUCCGCAACACUUAAAUCACAAAUCGAUGAUCCAAUCUAUAUAAAUGUCAUCGAAAAUACAAACGCCGAGUUAUGGCAACGUUUGCGCGGAAUUAUUGGCAAACUGUUUACCGAUCAGAAACUUCGGCAACUGAUUAGAAAAGUUGAUAACAAUUUAGUUAAUUUAGUCGAUUAUUUGGACAACCAGUUGACUGGCCAGUCGUCGUCGUCGUCGUCGGCAUCUAUUGUUGUCGAUAUUAAACAAAUGUUUAUCAAUCAGUCCAUUGAUUUGAUGGCAAGCGUUAUGUUUUCGAUGGAUAAACAAAAUACAUUUCUGGAUCCACUGAAUAGACUAACCCGACUAAUGAAACGUCUAUUUUUUCCAUCCAAAUGGCUWAUAUUAGCCCAACUAGUUCUACCAAAAUUUAUGCUACGGGUGCUCAAUAUUACCGAUCUUGUAUCUGCCGAAGCGCUCGACGAAUUUACUCGACUAACUAACCGUGAAUUAGCUAAACGACUGAACAAUAAUAUGUCGUCGACCAGUGAACCAUACGAUGACUAUUUUCAAUGGCUGAUCAAUAGGUGUCCGGAAAUCAUGUCCGACGGCAAAACUGAUGAAACAACGGAAAUUUUAAAAAAUGAUCAAACAUUGAGCAAAAAUGAAGUCAUAGCUAAUAUAUUUUCGUUAAUUACCGGUGCAUUUGACGCCAAUUACCUGACAUUGACAUACAUGGCGUACGAGUUGGCCGUCAAUCCCGAGUGUCAGCAAAAAUUAUACGACGAAAUUAUAACCUGUUUUCGUCGAUUAGAUAACAAAUCACAGAAAUUGGGCGAUCAGUUUGAUUGGGAUGAAGUGGUCAAACUUGACUAUUUGGAUGCCUGUAUAUCGGAAACAUUAAGACUACACUAUAUUAUCAAUAGAGACGGACGGGUAGCCAAUGAAGACUAUACUGAUUUGACAACAGGUGUUACUAUCAAAAAGGAUAAAGUGAUCCAUUAUUCACGUCCAGCAGUACAACGUUGUCCAGAUUACUACCCAAUGCCCGACAAGUUCAUACCCGACCGGUUCCUCAAAGACAAUAGACAUAAAUUGAUUGAUUCAGCAUUUCUGCCGUUUGGUUUGGGCCGUCGUAUGUGUCCGGGCUAUAAAUUUGGACUGAUGGCCAUCAAAUUGACCAUGGCACAUUUGGUGAUGCGCUACAAGUUUGUUAAACUUGAUAAUAACCAAACCGUAUUCAAAACCAAUCCCAUUGUCGAACACUUAAUCCAUAGUCCAGAAAACUUGUUAUUGAAAAUUGAAAAACGUUAAUAUA